AUGGUGGUACUAUACUCGCGACUUCAUCUGGUGUCGAGUCACUUUGAAUAUUUUCGCUACGUGCUGUACAUGAUUAUCUUCAAUGCUUGUGCUUUGCAUAUUCCCACGACAAUUCUAUUUCUCGGAGGCAACCAUGGUGUUGAGAGUUUUGUUACGCCGUUCAAUAUUUACGAACGUAUUCAAUUGACAGGAUUCUCGCUGCAGGAGACUCUCAUCAGUGCUAUAUAUAUCUGGGAGACUGUAACAGGACUUCGACCUGUUUUGACUCUCAAAGGACCGCGAGGCAAGAGAGUGAUUUUGAACCUUGUUCUGAUCAACGCUGUUGCUAUCUUGCUCGAUGCGUCGCUUUUGGCGCUUGAGUAUGCUGACUACUUUGAUAUUCAGACUUCUUAUAAACCUCUAGUUUAUAGCAUCAAGCUGAAAAUGGAGUUUACGGUGCUGAACAAUCUUGUUGCUGUUAUCAACUCGAGUCCUGCCACUAUUGAGGAGAUCCAAAGGUCUCACUAUGAAGAUCUUCAUAUACAGCCAAGGUGGAGUGGUGAUCACACUCCUGGUACUCUCGACAUCCAUACCGAGAUAUUGGGCUAUGAUGGAACAGAUUGCUCGAAACAUGUGGCCAGGUCUCCAAAUUCCCGGACCUCCAAUUAUCCCAUGUUGUCUGUCAAAUCGAAUGUAUCGUGA